AUGGCCGAGUUACUGAUCGGGCCACUGAUCUCCAUGGUGAAGGAGAAGGCAUCCAGCUACCUGCUGGACCAAUACAAGGUGAUGGAAGGCAUGGAGGAGCAGCGCAAGACCCUGGAGCGCAAGCUGCCAGCAAUCCUGCACAUCAUCCAGGAUGCGGAGGAGAAAGGAGCCUCCCGACCUGAAGUAGCAGCUUGGCUCAAAGACCUCAAGACAGCGGCCUAUGAGGCCAACGACGUCUUUGAUGAGUUCAAGUACGAAGCGCUUCGGCGAGAAGCCAAGAAGAAGGGCCACCACAGCAAGCUUGGAUCGGAGGUAGCAAGGCUCCUAGUCCCCGCUCGUAGUCCCAUUGUAUUCCGUUACAGGAUGGGCAAGAAGCUAUGCAGGAUUGUGCAAACCAUCGAGGCCCUGGUCACCGAGAUGAAUACAUUUGGUUUCAGACACUUGCAGCAAGCACAGCCAUCAAGGCAGUGGCGACAGACAGAUUCCAUAAUCAUUGACUCCGACAGAGAUAUUCUUAGCAGAUCUAGAGAUCGGGAGAAGAAGAAAAUCGUGGGGAUGCUCCUUGAUCAAGCUAGCAACAUGGAUCUCAUGGUUCUUCCAAUUGUUGGGAUGGGUGGGAUGGGCAAGACCACCUUUGUGCAACUCAUUUACAAUGACCCUGCAAUCGAGAAGCACUUUGAGCUUCGAAGGUGGUGCUGCGUGUCAGAUGAUUUCGAUGUCAGUACCAUUGCAAGCAACAUCUGCCACACCAAUGAGAAAGGUCGUGAAAAAUCAUUGCAGGAGCUCCAGAGUAUAAUAAGGGGAAAAAGGUACCUCAUUGUGUUAGAUGAUGUAUGGAAUCGGGAUGCUGAUAAGUGGGGAAAACUAAAGACCUGCCUUAAGCAGGGUGGCAAGGGCAGUGCAGUACUAACAACAACUCGUGAUGCAGAAGUGGCUCACAUUAUGACCAUGGGUGUAGCUGAAGCCCAUAAUAUCGAGAAUCUGAGUGACGAGCAUUUAAAGGAAAUUGUCCAGAGCAGAGCAUUCAGCUUGCAAAAUCCAAAUAUUGAAGAGCAAGAUGGCAUUCUCAGUGGAUUUGUUCGUCGAUGCGUUGGAUCUCCCUUGGCUGCCAAAGCCUUUGGCUCUAUGUUGAGUAACAGGACUAGUAUAAAUGAAUGGAAGGAUAUAUUAGCUAAAAGUAACAUUUGUAGUGAGAAAACCGGAAUUUUACCGAUCCUCAAGCUCAGUUUUGAUGACCUAUCCUCAGAUAUGAAGCAGUGCUUUGCAUUUUGUGCUUUAUUUCCUAAAGAUUAUGAGAUCGAUGUGGACCUCUUGAUUCAACUGUGGAUGGCACAUGACUUCAUACCUGUGCAGGAGGAUGACAAUCCAGAAACCGUAGGAAAAUAUAUUUUCGAGGAGCUAACUCAGAGGUCAUUCUUUCAAGAUGUCAGGCAAAUUGCCUAUUCUAGAAGGUUGUCGCUUCGUAAGUCAACCAUAUGCAAGAUACAUGAUCUCAUGCAUGACAUUGCUCUAUCUGUUCUGGGGAAAGAAUGUGUCACUAUAGUUGGUAAGCCGAGCGUCAACAAGCUGUUGCUAAAUCCGACUCGCCACCUCUUCUUAUCAAUAUAUGGUAUUAGGCCUGUUUUCUGGAAAGAACAGGUUACAAGUCUACUGGAUCAUCUAUUGAAGAAACAAACUGCAACGCUCCAUACGUUGUUUUUUAAAGAAUAUGCUGACUUCCUUGAUAUAUCAAAGUACACUUCACUGCGAGCAUUACACCUUCCAGCACAACCUUUAUAUUUUACACGAUGGUUUGGACAGGAACAGCUUACAAGACACAUACAACACCUAAGGUAUCUUAAUCUGUCGUCACAUUGGUUCGAGAAACUUCCUGAAGGUAUAAGCAUUAUGUAUAAUCUACAAACGUUGGACCUCUCUCAUUGCGAAUACCUUCGUCAACUUCCAAAGGAUAUGAAGUAUAUGGCAAACCUCCGACACCUCUAUACCAAUGGAUGCAAAUCAUUGACGUGCAUGCCUCCAGGACUUGGACAGAUCACUUCUCUGCAGACUCUAACAUAUUUUGUUAUUGGUAAUGGCUUGGGAUGUAGUACUAUCGGAGAAGUUCAAAACUUAAACCUUGGUGGAGAGUUAGAGUUAAGUGGUCUGCAAAAUGUAACAGAAGUGCUUGCAAAAGCAGCCAGUCUUGAAAAUAAAGAGAAACUCACACACUUAUCUCUCGAGUGGAAUGAUGAUGGCUGUGAGAAACCAGAUUCUCAUAAAGAGGUGUUAGAUGCCCUUAAACCUCAUCAUCGGCUGGAGAUGCUAAGAAUAAAGUCCUACAAAGGCACCAAUUUACCGUCAUGGAUAACAGAUCUUAGUCUGUUGCAGCACUUGACUGAGCUCCAUCUGCUUCGUUGUACGCUGUGUGAGGAAUUUCCUCAAUUCUGCCGUUUCAAAGCCCUUGAAGUUCUGUAUUUGGAAAAUUUGGACAAAUUGCGAAGCCUAUGCAGCCAUAUGGUGUCUACGCCAUUUCCAGCACUGAAGCAACUCCGGUUACAUGAUUUGGAGAGCUUGGAGAGAUGGGUCGCAACAGAAGGAAAAGAAGAUGAAUUAACCUUUCCUGUACUUGAGGAGGUUGAUAUAAAAAACUGUCCAAAGUUGACUAGCCUACCUGAAGCACCAAAGCUCAAGGUUGUAAGGCUGGAUGAAGGCAAGGCGCUGCUCUCCUUAGGAAUAGUUAAAUCAAGGCACAUGUCUUCAAUUUCUGAGCUAAUGCUGCGUGUCCGUGACACAGAAGCACUGCCUCAGAUAGAUUAUAAUUGGGAUUCAUCACAGAAACUGGAACUAUCUUUGGGUGGCACAGAAGCCGCACCUCUGUCACUACUGAGCAUAUCUGGCUGCAACUUUUUCUUCGUAUCAAGCCAGUCACAGCUAACACCUGGGGUCUGGAAAUGGUUUGAACAUCUUGCAGAUUUCACAAUUGAAAACUGUGAUGUGCUCAUCUACUGGCCAGAAGAAGUGUUCCAAAGCUUGGUAUCUUUGAAGAACUUGUGGAUUAAAUCCUGCAACAAGCUAAUAGGGCCCAGACAAGCGAAAGGUGGCAAACCUACACAAACAACAGAUCAAGUCCUGUCACAUCUAAACAUGAUAAGAAUACACGGUUGUGAAAGCAUGGCACAGCUCUUCAUUCUUCCCCCAUCUAUCAGAUUUAUUGAUAUUGGGCGAUGCCCUAAGCUUGAGUUCAUAUGGGGAAAGGAGGAGCAUCUUGACACAUAUACAUCGCUGGAACGUUGCCGCGACCCUGCAUCCACCACUGGUACCCUAGAGCAAUCGCCGUCUCCAAUUAUUCGUCGUCCAUGCCUCGUACAUCUAUAUAUAAGAUCCUGUGAUAGCCUGGUAACACUUCCAAAUCUACCACCGUCCCUCAAACAUUUAAACAUCUCCAGCUGUGAGAAGCUCUGCUCUGUGUCAGGAGACCUAUGUGCACUCGAGGUCCUACAUAUUUCUGACUGCAAUAAGUUACAGUCAGUCAAUUCCUUGGGAGACCACCCAUCAUUAGAAAUACUGUUUCUUUCUAACUGCCCAAGCCUUGCAUCUUUAGGAUGUGAUGGUGGUCGUGGGAGUUACUCUGCUCUUCAGAUCCGUGAGAUCAAAUGCUGCCCAGCCAUAGACAUGAAGCAGUUUUACUAA